AUGUUAAGUCUAAGCGGCAUAAAUUAUAAUCUCCGCCCAGCAGAGGAUAGAUAUCAUUUUCGUUUUUGUCCACAUUGCAAUCAAAUUCAGAAAUCAAUUUCCUGGUGUAAAGUCUGUGCUUAUGAUCACGGGAAAAAAGUUUUUGAUAAAACGAUCGAUAAAUACAUUACAGGAAACCAAAAAAUUGGAUCAAAUUGGUAUGAAAAUAAAGAAUGGAUUACGUAUUCUCCAUUCGUCGAAGAUGAUUUUUCGGACGAUAGCAGCGAAGACGAUUAUCAAGAAGAUGAAUAUGAACUCGACUACGAUUUUGAUAAUAAUGUAAAGACAAUAUUAAGUAUUCGAGAAAAAGCUCAUCAUCUUGGCUAUUGCAAAGUUUGUACGAGACCAAAUUUAAGUUAUGAGUGGUGUAAUAUUUGCAACAGAAAAAUAUUAGAGACCAACUUCGCCCGGUGGAAUAGCGGCAACGAUAAUAUUAACGAAUUUAUUCGAAAAACACAAAAAAAGGCGAAUAAACAUAUCAAUUAUAUAGAAUGGAUAGAAUUUGAUGUAUUUACCAAUAGAAAAUUUUUGGCUAAAGGUGGAUUUGGUGCUGUAUAUACGGCAAUACUAAAUUUCGAAGAACAAAAAAAGCACACAAAAUCACGUUUUCGUUCGGGAGAGAAAGUAGUAUUAAAAGUUUUGAAAAAUUCGUCAUUCAUGACAAAAGAAUUUCUAAACGAGCUUCAAAAUUACCAUCAAUGCUUCGGUGAUGUUAAAAACGCACAUCUUCAAAUAUUAGGCAUUACUUGUGAUGCCAAUAGUACCGAAUUCAUGAUGGUUCUUAAAUUCGCGAGAGGAGGAGAUUUGCGUUCUAUUCUUGGCAACAACCAGAGAAAAAUGUCGUGGAGAGAUAGAAUUGAGCUGCUUUACGGAAUAUCAGAACAACUAUUUACCAUUCACGAAAGGGAUAUUAUUCAUCGAGAUUUACACCCAGGAAAUAUUCUUUUCGACAGUGAAUUUUACGAACAAAACGAAGAAGCAUUUAAUGAUGCCGAUGUCGAAAACCUAACUCAGAUUGAAGAAGAACCACCAGAAGAAGUCCCUACAUAUCGUCCACGCAGUGAACAUCAUAAUACUCUUUCAAAUAUUACUAUCGGUGGUCUUUCAAUUCACAUGCCUGCUUACAAACAAAAAGCUAACAUCAGCGAAGAAAGGCACAUAUAUACUCAUGAUUACGAUGAUCCGUUUUAA